AUGGCAAACGUGAUCUACGAGCAAAGGGCUGUUUGGGCCAGAUAUUUGUCAGCGGACCCUAAUGGCAAGUAUUUCAGGCUCGAACUCUUCGAUGAAGUGCUUGCACGAGUCGUCCGUCAGAAAGCUGAGGUCUCGCUUCCCGUAACCUACCAGCAGAACAUGCUGGUGCAGCUCUGUCUUCACCUCUUUUCGUCUUCUCAGAAUUCGAGAGGGUCCCUCGGCGUUCAAACCACCAUUACUGAAAUCGGAACCCAGUUGGUCAGCCUUCGCACUCAGCUGUUGGACUUUAUCCAAGAUGAUGAUACCGCAGGAUCCGCUAACAUGUCCAACACAGUUGCGAAAUUCACCAAUCUGGGUUGUUUCCUGAGCGCUAUCACUUCAGAUGCGUCAAGGCGCCCGGUCUAUCCACUCGAUGACCACGACCUAUGCUCGUUGGGGCAGGUAGGUGUGGAGCUGGUUCUCGGCAUCUUGCAGGUGGAUAAUGACUUCGACAUCUACGAGGACCUGAUCCGCCUAAAAAUCUUCAAGGUUUGCAUCACGUGGUUUGAUGAGAACAAGGAGCCACUGUUCAAAGAGCUUUGUGAAGAACAUGACCUGUAUCUCUGCCAACAUCGGCUUGGCAGCUUUUUGGAUUCAGACUGGUUGGAACAUGCAGACAGGGAAUCAGAGUACCCCGUUUUGACUGUCAAAGCCGAAGAAAUCGUGUUGACGAUCCUGAGGAACCUAGAGAAGAAGUUUGGCCGCCAAAGCGUGCUAACAAUCCUUCAGGAGUACGAAGAAGAUUGGGUCGAGUGGGUCUUGAGUGACUUGAGUGAAUAG